AACCUGCAUUUCCAAUGCGAUAUAGUACUUCGAUUAAAUCAAAAAGAACAGACAAACAACUUCCAAAUCACACAAAAGUUUAGAUCGGCUUAAAAUUUACCCUUUAAAGUUGAUUCCUUGAAAAAACCAUGGCAGUGCUUCUAUUCUGAAAAGAAAUUAAGGCAGAACUGUAAGGACACGGAAGAAGGCAGGCGAAGAAGAUCAAGAUGGUUGAGAGCAAUUAUGAAGUAAGCCAGAAAGCUUAUGUGAAGCUGGUGCUGCAUGCCUUGAAGCACAAGACCUCUGCAGUCAAUGGCAUUCUUGUUGGAAGACUCUCUGAUAAAACAGAAGCUGUGGAGAUCAUAGAUGCCUUUCCUCUGUCUCAUGGACAGCUGGGACUCCUACCUACUUUGGAGAUUGCCACCAUUCAGGCAGAGGAGUACUUUACUUCUAAAGGAGAUGGGCUUUGUAUUGUGGGUUACUACCAUGCAAAUGAAAGGUAUGAGGAUCUUGAGCUCAGCUCUUUAGCCAAGAAAAUUGGUGAUCAUAUCAGUCGAUAUUUCCCUCAAGCUGCCAUACUUUUGCUGGACAACAAACUCUUAGAAGAACUGCACAAAGGUGGUAGCAAGAAACCAGUUGUUCAGCUUUACACUAGGGAUGCAUCAAAAGUUUGGCGCCAAGCUGGAUCAAGUAGUAGCCCAGGUGUUCAACUGGCGCUUAAAGAACCUGCUGCUAACACUGUUCUUUGGGACUACAUCAGCGAGAGAAGGGAGGAACGUGUUGUGGACUUUGAUGAACAUUUGGAUGAUAUUAGCAAGGACUGGUUGAACAACAAUCUUUUCAACUAGACUUACAUUUCACUAGCAUGCAAAACACUAUAUUUUCUGUAUUAUAAUCUACAGAGGUUGGCAACUAAAGAGCAGAACUUAUUUCGCAAGUACCUGUUUCAGGUUCAUUUUUCUGUCAUUUCUGACAGGAUGUAGUUAUUGUGGGUUAUUUCUUUGCAAUUUAAUUGCAAGCCGAGUCUUUUUAACCUCUCUUUUUUUUACACCGAGAGGCAUUUCCUUUAAGUUUUUUAUGAUACUGAGAGGUUUGGUGAUUAUUUUUCCAUUAUGUGGUGUCUGGAGAUUGCUUCUUCGAUUGUUCUUUGCUCCAUCUACAUAAUAUUCGAAUAACCUGGUGUCAGUGUUCUACUUUUCAUCUACUGUUUAGAGAUAAUAAAAUCUACUUUCCUA